GAUGGUAGCUUCGCGGCAUUGGCCUUUCAACCAGCCGCAAAUACCAAUUAUCUGAAUGAAGGGUUCCUCUUGUACUAAAUGCUCGCUCUAACUACAGUGAGGAAGAUUACAAGCUCAAAUUCUGGGCCCACAUCAUUGAGGUUUUUUUGCUCAUAAGUAAAAUAUGACAUUACGUUGGGGGGUUACAAUCACCACUCCAUGCAAAUCCAAAUGCCUCAGAUUUAAGCUGGAUUUAUAUGUCCUCGUCAUGAAUGAUGAAAAAGUAGUAGUCGAUGGUAUGGCAGCAGAGAUUGCAAAAUGGCCAUCAAGAAUAAAUUGUAUAGUGAUAAGUUGAGGUCGACCCUGGCAAGCAAAUGUCACCUCAACAGUUUUUUGGAGACAGCUCCUUUUGCCACUGUAAAGGAAAUCAGAAGCAUGAGGUUCCCAAUCAUGCAAAUCAUGGGCAUGGACGCUCAUGUCUAUGUUGUAAGACUUCCUUCCCGUGGCGUUUAUGUCAUUGAUGAAGAGUUCAGUUUUUCUUUCCCUUCCAAGCUCAAGCAAUUACCUGAUUUAGAAAGGCUGAUCGAUGGAUUGAGUAUGGUGGAAACGAUGUUGGACGAUCUUUCCUUGAUUUAUGAAACUUGCCAGAACAAUCCAACUAAUGCCAUGGAAAGAGUUAUGAAAGAGUCUAGUCGCAAAGACCGCAAAUACAUCCAAUUAAACGUGAAUGUGGCAAACGUAUGGUUUUUAUUCCAGGUUAAAGAUUUAUUGCUUUGA